CUUAUUAAAUAGAUGUCUGAACGGAGUAAACGAAGUCAGUCGCCAGAGAUCAUCGAUCAUGAACUGUUCAUGGACAAGUCGUUGUCAAACCAACUGUCACCAGCAUCAUCCACGAGCUCCUUUCAUGAGUACAGUCAUCUUUGGAAUGAUAACACAAUGGAUGACCUGGAUCUAUCCGAUAUGUCUUCACCAGAAAAUUCUUCGGAUAUAAGGAGUGCGUUUGCUAAAAUUAUCUCAGAAAUUCAGCAAGAUCGAAUCAUCAGUCGCAGCCCUGUUUUGGCACGGAAGCUGGGCAACAAAACUAGAAAGCAACCGCCGACUUCAUUGGGAAGUACAAAAUCAAAACCCGAACAUCAGAAUUUGACACUAAGUCCCCUAGCUCCAUCCGCGAUUUAAAAUGGCAAGGAAGGUGAAUCAUCAGCGAAACCGAGGAAAGUCAGCCCAGCUCGCCCAUUGGGCUCAAGUUUUUACGUCACGAAUGACCUUCGUGUUAGAACUGGAACACGUUCAGAAACGUAUGCAAAUGGAGCAUCUGAAAGCUGGUGUAUGCCAG